GAGCCAUCGGGCCGGGUAGGCGGAGCGGAAGGCGGGGUUGGGAAGACUGCCCGGGACGCAACCCUCUAGGGGGGCGGGGCGGUUUCCUGCCAAUCACUGUUUGGUUGCCCUCCCCCUGGUGGUGGCCUCGCUGCCUCGGGGUGGGGGAGGUCGAGAAGGGGGCGAUAAAAUGGCGCAGGGGGCGGAGUGAGGUGCAGCCGCUCGCCCAGGCUUUGGCCCGGCUACCGGAGGAAGGUGGGAGUCAAUCACUUUGACAAGUCUCCUGAAAGGAACAGCGGCAGGAGUUGAAACCUUUUUCCAUUUGGUCUCGUGGCAGAGGCAGAGAUUGCUCCAGCAGCUCCACACAAUAUGACCUGCUCACUAUUGCCCUCUGAACAGUCUUCUGGCUCCUCUUUCUUGCCUGAAGCAAGUGCCUCAUGUCCUUGGGGUUCCUUCGCUGAAGAUGACUUGGAUGACUCCUUGUUGGAGUUUUCCGAUGGAGAGGAAGAUGAUGGCCAUUUCAGUUUCACAGAGGAAGAGAUUGAGAUGCUGUUGAAGGAUGACGGUGGGCAUGAUGAGUGUAGAGACAGAAAGUGUCAGACCCUACCUGGUACUCCUCAAGAAAAUCCUUUGCGCAGCUUGGGACCAGCAGCUGUGACCCCUGGCUUCUUCAAACUACCUCAAUUAAGUACAUCAAUUGGUCAUGGACCAACUCCUAGUAAAUCAUUGAACAGACACUUUGUACUUGAAAAGAAUCUUAUAAAAGUAACUGUUGUUGCACCGUUUAAUCCAACAGUUUGUGAUCCUGUGCUUGAUAAGACCAAGAUCGAUUCCUCCAAAGAUACGGAAAAACCUGCCUCCCUUGGGGAACAGACGAGAGAAGAUGACCUUCAUCCUAAUGAGAGUAAACGUUGCACUGAGCCUGAAGGGGUCAGUCCCAGUAACUCUGCUUGGGAUGGGCCCCUGCUUUCUUCUCCUUCAAACAAUAACAUCGAACAAACUGCCUCUGAUAAAAAUAUACCUGAAAGUAAGAAACCUAACCCUGUGUUCUCUCAGAUCUCCAACCAUUCAGAGGUACCUAACAGGGGAUCAUCCUGGAAAAAUAGUGGAUCACAUAAAUCGGGGUGUGAAGUGAGAAAUCCAGUUGUGUCCAGUUCAUCGAACAGACAUGCCCCUGACAAGGACCCUGGGGAGGUGAAAGCUGAGAGAAGACUGGGCAAAGUCAUUCCUGUCUUGCAGACCAGAACCAGGAUGUUUUCACAGUCAGAUCUAGAAAAAAAGAAGGACAUUUAUCUCAGCAAAGUCAUUGCUCAUAUAGAAGACCCAGGGGAAUCCAACCAAGGUCCCUUGGGAGAGCUAGAUACCCUGAUGGAUCAAGUGCAUAUGCAGAACCCAGACUGGCAGCAUCCUUCGGAUCUCACUACACGAAAUUACGCCCGGUUCCGACAGAAACCUCUACAAAGAUACAGCCUGAGUCAGUGGGUUGACAGAAACAAGCGGAGCCACCACCGUUUCCAGCGUCUCCCUGACUUCUCAUACAGUCCAUAUGUUUCAUCCCAUCAACAGUGACAGUCCUUACCCAGGGUCCAGUCCAGAGUAGCAUCUUAUUUUCCUCUGCUGUUUUUGUUUGUAUAUUUUGAGUUUUAUUUUUCACAAGAUUUCUAUUUAAAGAAUUUGUCACCUUUUGGAGAUGUUUGAAAAUGCCUGUUACUAUUUUUUUUUUUUUUUAAUAAGAAUCCUCCUGAUUUGUGUCUGUCUAUACAUGUUUCAACUUCAGCAAUGUAGUUUUUUGGGUUUCUUUUUUCUUCUUUUUUUUUUUUUUGAAUUUAAGAUGAAGGUAGCUCCCUUUUGAAGGCCUGUAUUAAGUCAGAACAUUCAGUCUUAAGUAAAAUACCAGCUCUAAGCACAGUCUACUUGUACUAUCCCAAGGAAAUCAUCUUCCAGUCUGCUGUAAGGAGGGAUUGUUCUGCAGGCUACAAGCCAGUGUUACUGUUGAUGACUCGUGAAUGGGGAGAGAGCACUUUUAACAACUCCUCUUUUUAAAUUUGUCUCUUGAGUACUUGUCAGUAUUUUAAGGUUGGUAAUUCAGGACAUUUAAAAUAAGAUGGAGCAGGAGAAAAGUCCUGUUGAAAGGAUAGAUUAAAAUGUCAAUCCUCUCCUUUCUGUACCUGUUAGCUGCCUUUAUGGUUUUGAAUUAUUGGCUUUUUUCAUUCUCUAUUAACUAUAUCUUCCUCACAGUGUUUGUCAACCUUACACAUUUUAACUGACAAAAGACAGCUGACUGACCCUUGUUGAAUACUCCAUAGUCCUGAGACUAGUUGGUUUCUCUGUUCCUUCAGGGAUUUUUUUUUUUCUCUCACUCCCAGUGACCACUCUGCUCCUGGGUUUUUACAGAGGUGUUGUUGUGUCCUGUUAGAUAUAGACACACCUUUCAGAUACCCUCUGUUUACUGAAGAGCUUUUACCAGAAUCUAGAUGUCUGGGAAUCUUCAGUUUCAUGAGCAGAACCCCAAGUUUAUGUGUUGAUGUUAUUCAGGGGCCUCCUUCCUGGGAAGCCUUUGGAGAGGCCCUCUUUCCCUCUCUAGCUUUACACUCUGGAUGUUAGGAUUUGGUCCGACUCUUACCAUUUCACAUCAGUACUCAAGAACAUCUAGGGAAGUUAGGAUUGAGCCCAUGCAUCACAGUGUUGCCUGAUAUUCUAACCAAAGCUGAAGGCUUUGUGUGUCUGUAUUAGUGGAUGUCUUACAGGCAGCUCCAGACAUCAUUUUGGGAAGUUUUACAGUAUGGCGUCAUGCUGCUAUCAUUCCCUUUGUGAAGGUUACUCAGAGUUCUGCAGCUGCUCUCUGGGUUUCUUUCGUCAGUCUCAUUUUUUUUUUUUUUUUUUGUGGAUAACCCAUCCUAAAUAUUCUACUCCACUUUAGAAAAGUGAUUUGGGGAAGGAAGUUUGAGACAGGGUUUCUCUGUGCAGUCCUGGCUGACCUAGAACUCGCUCUAUA